GUGACGUCAUCACGUCGCGACACAGCUCGUCGCGCUGGAGAUAUCGUCGAUGCCACAUUUCUUACACACAGAAAAUAAAGGCAAAGUCACCUUUAACAGGACUAAGACGGUCUCCUGUGAUCUAUGUGCCAGGUUGGGAUUAUGUUGAAGAAAGCUGAGACAAAGCCACAUAAGGGGAAAGGAAACAAGAGAAAAAACCCUGGUGAAGAAGAUCAUGUAAGUGGAGACAACAAGAGGAAAAAGAAGAAGGAUGGAGAUAAAGAAGGUCAUAAAGGACAGGGGGAUGGUACUAGCAAGCACCUGGAUGCCUUAAGUGUGGGCUACUUCCGGAGAGUUGGAGAACGACUCAGUGAAGGCUUUGAAGAUGAUGAGGAACGAGGGAUGUUUGUAGAAAAUGUCCUCACAGAAGUAAAAGGUAAAGCAGCCCUGGUGGCGACGGAUCGGACGGGAAGCAUCACUCUGCAGCAGUUGCUCCCAUUGGCGAGCACUGACCAGGUUGGGGAAGUUCUGGCAGAAAUGGGUAGAGAAACGGGCUCAGAAUUUAAGAUGGUUUCUUGUGACCGGUGUGGAGGCCACGUCGUGGAGAGUGCACUCAGGCAAAUUUCAAGGUGGACAGAGCCGUCGGUGAAGGAUCCAUGUGCUACCACAGAAGAAGAGGAGGAGGCUUGUGGUGUACUGGAGGCACAGGUGUUGUCUUUAAGUAAGGCAGUGCGAGACAACUGCGCAGACUUCAUGAAACACGUCCACGGCUCCCAUGUGGUCCGCACCCUUCUACACGUUUUGGCCGGCUGUCUUGGACCGCCCCGCACAGAACCUCGGCCAGGUGCAAAUGAACGUAACAUUGUCCCUCAGCUGACUGACUUUGAGAUUCCCACGUCCUUUUGGUAUGAGCUGAAAAGUCUCACUGAUACUUUAAUGAACAAUGUUCAAGUAAGUGUGACAGAUGCGGUUGCCAGUGCAGUGUUCCAGACCAUGUUGACAGUGUGUCAUAGAAAACGGCCCAUACUCUGCAAACGGCUCCUCAAAGCCAUCAUGGAGUACCUGACAACACGCAGCGCUGCUCCUGGAGUUAGGUCAGAGAGGAAGUACACUUCAAUUCGAUUUCAAUUUGUUUCAUUCUAUAUAGCUCCAAAUCACAACAAAGCUGCCUCGAGGCGCUUCACACAAGUAAGGUCUAACCUUACCUUCUUGAAGUUGUUUGACGAACUCAUCCAAGGAGUGGAGGCCAUCUUGGCUGCAGGUCACAUGGGUGUUGUUGUCCAACUCGCCGAAAGCUGUGCAGAAAGUGAAGCGAAACAAGAAGAGAUGAUGCAGUGUCUUCUUCACGCUUUCCACUGCGCUGAGCCUGGCUCUCGACAUGUUGCCUGCCUCCCUCUGUUUAUGUCCCUGCUCGCCUAUGAGGUGUAUUACCACUCUGAAACAGCAGAGAGCAAUGCAAAAGCAGAGGUUCCACUGUCCUCCAUCUGUUACCAUGGUUCUCGCCUGGUCCAGGCACUGGCUCGGUUCAAGGAGCGCUCACUUCUUCUGAGCAGUCUGCGCACUCUGACCCCGGCUGACCUCCUAACAUUGGCUUGUGAUCCUUCAGGCAGCCAUGUCCUCCAGGCCCUCAUCACCACAUCCAGUGACAAAGGCAGGGGCAAGAUCCUGAAGAGAAUGAAGGGCCAGUAUGUCCAAAUGGCGUGCUCCCGGUUGGGUAGCCGUGUGCUGGAAGCUGUAUGGAACAGUGCAUCUGUCAGCCAGAGACAAAGCAUUGCACAGGAGCUCGGACCUCGUGAAACCCAGCUGAGGUCUGACCAGUUUGCUCGUCACAUAUGGGCUAAAUUUGCCCUGUCCCACUUCAUUCACAGGCGAGGCCACUGGAUGGAAAUACAGAGCGGUCAAUCCAAGAAGCAGAAACUUUUUAGUGACAUAUUUGACUGAAAAGUAAAGACUUGGACACUUUUUUUUGUAUUGUAGAUGGCAGGUUCUCAGUGUAAGAAAAUAAAAAUGAGUAAAUUGU